CUCUCUCUCUCUGGCCUCCCUUCUUCGCUUUUCUUCAAUUCGAGGAAGUGAGAACACAAGAAUGGCGAAGAACGAGAACGGCUACGAGAACUUGCUCGCUUCACUGAUCGUCGACAUCAAAUCAUACUCUGGAAAUGACCAACUUCUUCCCUGGAUUCGAGGGAUCAAGAAGAUGAAAGAGAGCUUGCCACCUCAGAUACUGAACGAGAAGCUGCCUCGGUUUCUCCAGAAAUGUGCACAGUCAUUUGAAUCUGAUAAGAGAUACCGUAACGAUUCUCGGUAUAUUCGUGUUUGGUUGCAGCUGAUGGACUUUGUAGAUGAUCCCAGAGCUUUGUUAAGGACUAUGGAAGCAAACAGUAUAGGGACCAAGAGGUCACUCUUCUACCAGGCAUAUGCUCUCCAUUAUGAAAAGUUGAAGAGGUUCGAGGACGCUGAGAAAAUGUACCGUCUUGGGGUGCAAAACCUUGCAGAGCCCAUGGAUGAGUUACAGAAAUCUUACUUGCAAUUCCAUAGUCGCAUGGAGAGGCACAAAAGGAAAAAGACACAGCGUCAGGACAUAAAAGUGUCUGAAAAGCACCAGAAGGUUGAGAGGUCACAAAAGGAGCCUAGACUGGCCAACAGUGAUGACACGCCAGUGUUGAACUUUGUUGAUAAAGCCAUCGUAGGAAAGCCUGAAGCAGAAAAUGCUUGCCAUCACGGUUUGGUGGAUCCCACGAUAAACAUGAAAGAAGCCAUGAACGCAAUCAACAGCAUGUUCAAAGAGCCUAUUGAAACUGCUCCACUUCAUAGAAAAUCGCAACAGAGAAGCCAAGACAAAGAAAACCAAGGCGGGUUUGAAGUUUUCCUGGAUGAGAAUCUCGAGUGUGAAACGGGUAUGGGAGGCAAAGCAAAGACUGGUAAUCAAGAGUCCUUUGAGAUAUUCGUCGAUGAUGAAAACGAUGAUGAGACUGCGGAUGACAAUGAUGAGGUCGGAAAUGGUUUUGUUUUUCUCCAACCAAGAGACCAUUCACCUGAAAGCUCUGAAGAAGCAGACAGAAGAAACAACAGUCCUCCUCGAGCUAGGUUCAGAGAAGACACAGUUGUUCGCAGGUUUGUUGGUUCAACCAUCUCAGAAGAGCCAGCAGUUGAAAACGUCUGCCACCAUGGCCUUGUGGACCCUACAGUCAACCUAAAGGAAGCUAUGGAGGACAUAAACAACAUGUUUGGGGAACCGAUAGAUUUUGUUAGACCCAACCGCUCUAAAAACAAGGGAAAAGCAGUAGAAGUGAAGAAGCCAGAUGUGGCUGAAGGUUUCUUAAUACUUGAGGAUGAUGAUGAAGCUGAGGAGGAACAUCAAGGGACGAGUAAGGUGACUCAGAUAUCGCCUGGAAAAGCAAAUGACCGUGAUCUGUUCGAGCCAACACUGUGCACGAAAGUAGCUUUGGACGAGAUCAACAAAUUGUUCGCAAUGCCAAUGGACUUCUAAGGAACAAUAUUGUACUACUCUAUGUUUGCUCUCGUGAAAACACAAGUAACUUUUGUUUAAGAAUAGAGGCAAAGUCUGUGGUUUGCGUUCUUGCUUUGAUAUACUUCUCUGUUGUGUAAUGGUGAAAACUAUUUGCUGUUGUUGUUUUACCUUGCAAACAUAUGUUUGUU